AUGGAAACCUCUAAUCAUUUUGGAGCUCUGACUCCCGCGGCUGAGGUCGCCGCGGCGUUUUCGAAUUCGAUCAAAGGCAAGACCAUCAUCCUUACUGGUGUCUCUCCUAAAAGCCUGGGGCUUGCAACUGCCUCCGCCUUCGCAUCCCAGUCCCCAGCAAACCUCAUUUUAACCGGACGGUCUGCCGAAAAGGUCGAGGCUUCCAUCAAUGACCUGAAAUCAAACUACCCGAAUAUCAAGUACCAUGCUCUGAUUAUGGAUCUUGCGUCUCAAUCCUCGGUACGAGCUGCUGCGGCCACAAUCAACGACGAUGACUCGAUACCCACUGUUGAUAUCAUUGUCAACAAUGCGGGAGUCAUGGCCAUUCCUGACCUGAAUCUCUCCGAGGAUGGUAUUGAAAUAACAUUUGCAACAAACCACAUCGGCCAUUUCCUUUUCACCAACCUCAUUCUACCAAAGCUUAUCAAGGCCGCUCAGACUUCUUCUACCCCAACCAGAAUCAUCAAUGUUUCAUCGUUUGGACAUCAAUUCUCUCCGGUACGAUUCUCCGAUAUCAACUUCAGCAAACGCCCUAGCGAUCUUCCUGAAGAGGAGCGUCCAGAUUUACAGAAGACCGAGUUUUUCACUGGCAACAGUCACGCCGACGACAUCUACUACGGAUUCUUCUCUUAUGCUCCGUCCAAAACAGCAAAUAUCCUUUAUUCUGUUUCUUUAAACCAAAGGCUGCAGGAAAAGUAUGGUAUUACGUCGUUCGCCGUGCAUCCUGGAGCGGUCAACACUAAUAUCAACCGACAUGCUACCCCAAGCGAUAUUGAGCAAGCACACAAGAGGGUCAAAGAACUUGGCUUUGACCCUACUCAGAAAGCCAUUGAGCAGGGAGCAAACACAUCUGCUUUCGCCGCGAUCGCUACCAACUUGCCAUCUGUGAAUACCUCGGAGACCCAAGUCAAGGGGGUCUACCUUGCGGACUGCGAAAUUGAUGAUGCAAAUGUUGCAGCUUUUGCUACAAACAGUGCUUUUGCCGAAAGACUUUGGACCUUGAGCGAAGAGCUGGUGAAGCAGAAGUUUGAGCUUUAG